AUGGCGGAGGUAGUGUUCAAGGUUGAACCAGAUUUUUUAAUAAGUUUUCUAAAUUCAUCAAUUGAAUCUUUGGAAAAAUGUAAAGAUAAUGAAAUAAAUGGCAUAAUGCCCAAAGAAGAGUUAUUGGAAAGAUUGAGAGAAAAGAAAAUAUCAAUGGAAAGAAUGUAUUUGGAUAACUCCGAAAGAGAUGCUGACUCAUCACUGUCAUUUUCCCAAAGUCUAGGCGAUAAGUAUAGUAGUAAACACAGUGCCCCACAUUCACAAGAACAUCGACCUCACAGUCCACCCCAUACAAAACGCUUAGAUAGUAGUAAGAAAUCCAUAUCUAGUCCCUCCAUGGGCACAACUAUGCCCUUGAUGAUUUCGGAAUCGCCUAGUAUGGGUUCCAUGCAAGUACAGUCACCACAAACUAGUCAACCACCAACGCAAUCGGCCGCUGCCCAAACGGUGGUGCCAGCACAAAAUAAAGUCAAUGAUAUUGCCCAAGAUAAUAGCAUCACAUCGGAGCCUUCAGAAACAACCACCACAACUACAACGACCAGUGAAGAUGUGGUGACCACCUAUAAAGAACCCAGCCUAAAAGAUUGCUCAUCGGCGUCAUACAGUCAAUCCAAACAGAAUGGUAGCUUAAAGGAUAACGUCAAUAACAACAAUUCCUCUACAACGGAGAGGGUAAGCAAAGACAAGGCCGUCAAGGGUGAAGGUCAACAUAUAAAGCAAUUAAAUGGAGAUGGAGACUCUAAGGAGGAAAAACUUAACGAUAAGUCUGAAGCUAGUGAUAAUGUCAGUGGUGAGGGAGCAGAGACUGCUAAUGAGGAAGUAAAGGGCGAAGGUGCCAAUAGUGUAGAAAAUAGUCAGGCAUUAGAUAGUGAGGACAGCACAGCCGCUCUACAGCAACAAUUGCAUGCUGCUGCAGCUGCGGCCGCUUUAGUGCAUGGCAGCUAUUCGAAGCCAAAUUUAAAGGUAGAAUCAUCGGACGUGUACCAAAUAGUAGAUGUUAUAAGGCGUAAUACCAAUUUAAGUUUUGAUCUCUCCUGUGAGGCUUUACGUGUAGUACUCACUAGUCUAGAGCAGCUGUACAAUGGUGCCAUUAAUCCCUAUUUAGAAGCAGUAGCUAUACAUGUAACCGAUAAGGUGGAAACGCCCAAAGGACUCUUGGGAAUGACUCAUGAUUCCAAACGGCUGCAAUAUAUUUUCUCACAACUGGCCGAUUGUAAAAAUGAUGCGGAGCAACGCACCUGGAUGUUGUACGAAGAUGAGGAUGAUAUUGUACAGUUUUUAGAGGAACUUGUAGAAAUAUUGAAUAAUGCCGAUGAAACUAUUAGCUGUUAUGAAAUGUCCUGUGAUCAAUAUCAGGCCUUGGUCAAUUUAGUUCAAUACUAUCAAAUGGAAACUAGAUGGCCCAUCAAACGUCUAUUGCUGAAAACCUUUACGGCCGCUUGUCAUUUGGAUCACAUUAUUGUAGAUAUCUUGUUGACCUCCGUCUUGCCUUUGGAAAUUGUUGAGGAUAUGAAAACGAACUUUUCGAAUUUAGAUCGUUUUAAGCAAUUAGUCAAAAUGUUAACAAUUAUAUUUUGUUUGGGACAACCCAUGCCAGUUAAUCAUCAAGGUAAGUUAAAAUGUUAUUUUAAAUUCCUAAAGAAAAUGAAUUUUGAGUGAUCACAAUUAAACGCAUUUUUUUAACAACUCAAUAUUAACGGUGGUUUAGAGGUUUUUAGUUUUGAAUAACAUUUCGUAUGAAAACUGGACUUUUGGUGGGAUAUAUAAGUAUAUUAACUAAGUUUUAGUUCUGAUUCAAUUUUUCUAAAAAAUGGACAUUGUGUGAGAAAUAUAAGUGAUCACAGAUAAACGUAUAUUUCUCAAAAAACUCAAUAUUAACGAAGUUAUAGAGGUUUUUAGUUUUGACUCAAAUUUCCUAAGAAAAGUGGACUUUGGGUGGGAUAUAUAAGUGAUCACAGAUUAACGUCUAUUUCUCAAAAAACUCAAACUCAAAUUUCGUAAGAAAAAUGGACUUUGAGUGGGAAAUAUAAGUGAUUACAAAUUAACGUCUAUUUCUCAAAAAACUCAAUAUUAACGAAGUUAUAGAGGUUUUUAGUUUUGGCUCAAAUUUCAU